UAUAUGCUUCCUCUAGGGAACAUUAUUAGAAAGCAUAACAUACACUUUCAUUGUUAUGCAGAUGACACACAGCUAUAUCUAUCGAUGAGGCCGGAUGAAAUAAAUCAGGUUGUUCAACUCCAGGAAUGUCUCAGAGACAUUAAGUCCUGGAUGACCUGUAACUUUCUACUUUUAAACUCAGAUAAAACUGAGGUCAUUAUACUCGGCCCUAAACACCUCAGAGAAAAACUUUCUGCCCACAUUGUCACUUUAGAUGACAUCACCCUGGCUUCCAGUUCCACUGUGAGGAACCUUGGAGUUACUUUUGACCAGGAAAUGUCAUUUGAUUCACACAUAAAACUAAUUUCCAGAACAGCCUUCUUCCACCUGCGGAACAUUAUGAAAAUUAGAAACAUUCUGUCUUUACAGGAUGCUGAAAAACUAGUUCAUGCUUUUGUUACAUCUAGAUUAGAUUACUGUAACUCCUUAUUAGCAGGAUGUUCUAACAAGUCUGUUAGAAUCCUUCAGUUAAUUCAAAAUGCUGCAGCACGAGUUCUGACAGGAACUAGAAAGAGAGACCAUAUAACUCCAGUGUUAGCUUCUCUACACUGGCUCCCCAUACAGUUUAGAAUUCAAUUUAAAAUCCUCCUCCUCACGUACAAAGCACUUAAUGGUCAGGCCCCUUCAUACCUGAAAGACCUAGUCUUACCCUAUCAUCCUAAUAGACCACUUAGGUCACAAAAUACAGGUUUACUUGUGGUUCCCAGAGUCUGUAAGAGUAGAAUGGGAGGCAGAGCCUUUAGCUACCAGGCUCCUCUCCUGUGGAACCAGCUUCCAAUGAUAGUUCGGGAGGCGGACACUCUCUCUGUAUUUAAAGUUAAACUUAAAACUUUCCUUUUUGAUAAAGCUUAUAGUUAG